GUCAUUCAUGCCGUCAAUUCAUUUUGGACGUGGUUUGAUUAAAUCAUAUUAUCAGCGAUAAAUUUCUUUUCACAUAAUUGCAUUUGCAGUGCAUUCAUACAAACGGUGAGUCCUGAAUUUAUGUAUACUUUUCUAAGUUGCCGUAUAUGAUUUCACAUGGCAUCAUAUGCGACAGCUUCUUGGGAAUUUGUUUUUUUUUUGUUCUAAUUUUUUUUUUCGAUUUUUAAGCGAAAACCUAUGUGCAUACGGGAAAAAUGCCACCAGCCAGACGAGCAAAUAUAGGUCGGCGAACGCGUAAUGCAAAUGAUGUGGCAUUACUAAGACGAUCACAGACUGCAGAUGAACGCGCACAAGCUAAUGCAUCGCAGCGUGAACGUAAUGCACGCAAUAGAUUUGUUAACCCAGUACCUGUACUGAAUCUUGCACGGCCAUCACGAAUACGUCGUGCUGUUUUGGCUGAAAUGAUGCGUGCUGCUUUUAAUUACAACAGUCAGAUUGAUUAUAGUAUGUAUGGAUACAUUGGAAUGAUGGACGCAAUAUGUCCACAUUGUGAUGCGGCUAACUUUCGAGGUGAAACACCCGGCAUGUGUUGUGCUAAUGGCAAAGUGAGAUUGCCAGCAUUAGAAACUCCACCCGAACCAUUGUAUUCAUUUAUUUUUGGGACAUCGCAAGCGUCGAAGCACUUUCUGAGUCAUAUUCAACAAUACAAUUCGGCAUUUCAAAUGACUUCUUUUGGUGCAACUAAAAUUAUUAGAGAUAAUUUUAUGCCGACGUUUAAGAUUCAGGGCCAGAUUUAUCAUCAAGCUGGUUCGUUAUUGCCAUACCCCGACGCUGAUCAUCAAUUUUUGCAAAUUUAUUUUAUUGGUGAUGAAAAUCGUGAAUCGGAUCAACGUUGUGCAAUUGUUUCGAAUACAAGACGAGAAAUUAUUCGUGAGCUACAAAGGUUUUUCCAUCAGCAUAACGCAUUAGUUCAAUUGUUUAAAAUUUCUCUCGAUCGUAUGCCAACUGAUAAUCACAAAAUCGUAAUAAGAGCUGAUAGAACACCUUUUGGAGAGCAUGCAAGGCGAUUUAAUGCACCAACAAUUGAUGAGGUUGCAAUUGUAAUUCUUGGUGAUCAGUUUCAAUCCCGUGAUAUUGUACUUCAUCGUAGAAAUGAGCAAUUGCAACGUGUUUCGGAACUUCAUCGUAGUUACGAUGCACUACAGUACCCAAUAUUGCAUUGGAAAGGUGACGAUGGUUACCAUAUCAAUAUACCAAUGAUUGAUCCACGAACAGGUCUACAUAUACAGAAAAAAGUUAGUGCCAUGAAUUUUUAUUCGUAUCGAUUGAUGAUUCGUCCACAAGAACAAAAUUAUAUCUUAAAAUGUGGUAAACUAUAUCAUCAGUACAUCGUUGAUAUGUAUGCCAAAAUAGAGACUGAACGUCUUAAUUUUAUUCGUUUCAACCAAGCAAAAUUAAGAUCCGAAGAAUAUAUUCAUUUGCAAGAUGCGAUAGCGAAUGAUGCUAAUGUUAAUGACAUCGGACGUUUAACUAUAUUGCCAUCUUCGUAUAUUGGUAGCCCACGGCAUAUGAACGAAUAUGCACAAGACGCAAUGUCUUAUGUACGAAAAUACGGUCGACCGGAUCUGUUCAUUACAUUUACAUGUAAUCCGCAGUGGGAUGACAUCAAGAACAAUUUAUUUGAAGGCCAGUCGACAACUGAUCGUCAUGACAUUACAGCACGUGUUUUUCGGCGAAAAUUGACAGCACUUAUGGAUUUAAUUGUGAAAUUAAGUGUAUUUGGAGAGGUGCGUUGCCAUAUGUACUCAAUCGAAUGGCAAAAAAGGGGAUUGCCGCACGCACAUAUAUUAAUUUGGCUGGUAAAUAAAAUAACUCCGGAUCAAAUCGAUAACGUUAUAUCAGGUGAAAUUCCUGAUCAAACUGUUGAUCCUGAGUUAUUUGAUGUUGUCGUUAAAAACAUGAUACAUGGUCCGUGCGGUGAACUAAAUAUGAAUUCGCCAUGUAUGAUUGAUGGAAAGUGUUCGAAACGAUACCCAAGACAAUUGACUUCAGACACAAUAACGGGCAAUGACGGAUAUCCGUUGUAUAGACGUAGAUCACCUAAUGAUAAUGGCAAAACGGCAAACAUUAGAAUGCGUAACCAGGACGUUGAAGUUGAUAAUCGUUGGGUGGUUCCGUAUUGUCCAUUAUUAUCGAAAAUAUUCAAGGCUCAUAUAAAUGUGGAGUAUUGUAAUUCAGUCAAAUCCAUUAAAUAUAUUUGCAAGUAUGUAAAUAAAGGGAGCGAUAUGGCUGUUUUCGGUGUAGCUGGUGAUAAUAGAAAUGAUGAAAUUACUCAGUAUCAACUGGGGCGCUAUAUUAGUAGUAAUGAAGCUGUCUGGAGGAUUCUGUCGUUUCCAAUGCACGAAAGACAUCCUGUGGUUGUUCACUUAGCUGUGCAUCUUGAGAAUGGCCAACGUAUUUAUUUUAAUGAAGCAAAUGCAUUGGAAAGAGCAGCACACCCACCAGCGACUACGUUGACAGCUUUUUUCAAAUUAUGCGAAACUGAUACAUUUGCUAGAAAUUUGUUAUAUUCCGAAGUGCCUCAGUACUAUACAUGGAAUGUGUCUUCAAAAAAAUUUCAAAGACGUAAACAAGGAACAGCAGUCGAUGGGCAUUCAAGCAUUUUCAAAACAGAUGCAAUUGGGAGAAUGUAUACAGUACAUCCAAACAAUGCUGAGUGUUUUUAUUUGCGAUUGCUAUUAGUUAACGUCAAUGGCCCAAAAUCAUUUCAAGAAUUAAGAACAGUCGACGGUCAUUUGUGUCAAACAUAUCGUGAAGCAUGUCAACUCUUGCAUUUGUUGGAGGAUGAUGCACAUUGGGAUUCAACACUUAAUGAUGCAUCUACGUCAGCUCAUCCACAACAAAUACGAAUGCUAUUUGCCAUUAUAUUAUCGACAUGUAUGCCAUCAAAUCCACUUGAAUUAUGGAACAAAUAUAAAAAUUAUAUGGCAGAAGAUAUUUUAAUUCGUAUGCGUCAUCAUGCAAGAAAUCCUGAUUUGUUGAUUACCUUGGAAAUGUGCAACGAAGCUUUGAUAAUAAUUGAAGAUAUAUGUCUAACGAUUGCAAAUAAAGCAUUAGUACAAUUGGGUAUGACCGCACCAAAUCGUCCCAUGCAUGAUUUGUUUGAUCGUGAAUUGCAACGUGAGCAGGAAUUCAACUGUAAUGAUUUGCGUUUAUUUGUACAAUCGAAUAUAACCAAAUUAAAUAUUCAGCAAAAACAUGUAUAUGAUACAAUCAUGCAAGCCGUUUCCAAUAAUGCAGGUGGAUUAUAUUUUUUGGAUGCACCUGGUGGCACAGGUAAAACGUUCGUUAUAUCAUUGAUUUUAGCGACUAUUCGAUCAGAUCAGAAAAUUGCACUAGCACUUGCAUCUUCGGGAAUUGCUGCUACAUUAUUAGAAGGUGGUCGGACCGCACACUCUGCAUUAAAAUUGCCAUUGAAUGUGUGA